CAUAUGCUCCCAUCAUCACUAGUGCUCCAACUACACAGAUGGGCACCAAAUACAACCUACAGUGGAUUACACCUAAAGACGGUGGAAUGGAAAUCAGGUUUUAUGAGUUAAAAUAUCGAGAGUUGUUCUUUGCCGAAGAUGGUAGUCCACAAGGCAGUGGAUUCUGGAAAGAUAAGAGUGGCAUCCCUAACUAUUCAACAGACUACUUAAUAGAAGACUUAAAACCAGAAACCUCCUAUGACGUUGAAUUGCUAGCUAUUAACUCAAUAGGCAGAGGUGAUGUUGCUGCUCUAACCAUUUCUACUGGAAGGACCGCUCCUACUGUAGGACCUACUAAGCCUAGAUUAGUUGACUAUACGAUAAAACCAGGCCCACAGAUUGGUACAGCUGCACUUACUACCGGUGCUAUCAUUGGAAUCGUCAUAGCGAUUUUCUUUCUUCUUCUCAUCAUUGUUGACGUCACUUGCUAUUGUAUGAACGACUGUGGUAUCCUGAUGUGUCUGUGUGUCAACCUGUGUGGCAAGACGCCAGUUGGAGAGAAGGACAUGGAGGAGGGUCGCACCAAAGUACCACCCAGUGAUGAUCAGAUACCUGAUGGUACUCCUGUUAAGGGGGAUGACAUGCCGAUGGAAAAGAUUGAAACUGACGGAGAUUCCACAGAAAAACCACCUCCGGAAGAUAGUUUUGAUUCUGAGGGCAAAGAGGAGGAUGUUCACAAUUAUGAGGAGUUGAAAGAGGAGGAACCAGAACCAUUGGAAAGUGACCACCUGCUAACAGAUAAGGAUAAUCCGGAAGAGAGGAAAGAAAGUAAUGAGACAGGGGAUGAUGAGAAGGAGUCUCUCUUGAAAGGGAAGGACCAGAAUAACCCCGACGCCAAACCAGCUGAAGUACAGCGAGAGAAUCCUGCCUUGACCCCUGAUCAAGAACCUAAGAAAGGGCCCGAAGAUUAUGAAGUAUCACGAGAAGCCGAUUUGAAUGAUAUUGAUAUGGACGUCAAGAAAGAAGUACAAGCUUAGAGUGCAUUGGCUGUUGGAACAAUUAUUGUCCCUCCCCAAAGAAGUUUACUCUCGUCGUAAAUUGAAUACUAGCGAUUUUUAGAAAGAGGCUGUUCAUUGAAAAGUGUUGCCAUAGUCACCAUGACCAGCACGAUUGUAGGAUACUGUCCUGUAAUGAUGCAGACUGUUUCCGUGGCAACCAGUUUCGAGAUUUUCAUGUUGUAUUUGUAAGUUCAGACUUCUUUCAGAACGUUGCAAUAUUUUGGGGAAGUGAUUUUUUUUUUUAAAUAUUAAGCUCUUAGCUGUGAAUCAAGCAGCUUUUGUUUUAUUCCAACAGACAUAGCAGUGCAGUAUGAAUUUUGAAUGUAAACAUGAAUUUCUAAUAGUUUAUGUACAGUGGUAAUGCAGUAUAUUUUGCAGCAACAAUUUUUAAAAUGGCGUUGUUUUGUCAUCCUGCAAUAUGACGCAUGUAUAUAUGUUAUUUUUUUUAUAAUUUUUUAAAAUCUUUUUAUUGCAUUCCCAUGGUUAUAAAUUGAAUUAUGCUCCAAAAGUUCUUUUUUUAAAGGCUGUUCCGAAAAAUAGCCUUAAUCCCACCAUUUUGUAUUUAUUGAUUUCAUUAUUUUGUUUCUAUUUACUUUUCCCAAUUUAUAGUUUUUUUUAAAAAAAUUAUUUUAACUUGAUGAUUACAAUAUGUCACAUUUUUUUUUUCAGUUCUUAUUUAUUUUGUUAGCAUGAGUGGUUUGUUGAGUCUCUUUAUUUUGUCCGUGUGAGAUUAUGCAAAUUAAGCAGCAUCAAGUACUUUCACCCUGUUCUUCAUAUCUAAUACCCACAAUGCACUGUGAUAACAAAGACCAUUUGGUCUGUGGUAAAUUUAUUAAAUCAAGUUUACAUCAUUGUCCUCAGGAAGACAUGUGAAAUCUGCAUAUCUCUGAUGACAUAAGAAUAAGUAGGUUUUGUUUUAAAAAAAUUAAUUCAGUAUCA